AUGUGCAGUGGACUCACCACCUACAUGACUUAUGAAGUUCAUGCUUUGCAAGGAGUCCAAGUCAAUCUGGGAUCCUGCAUUACCCUGGAUGUCCUGAGAGUCGUGGAUCUGAAGUACUGCACAGGCAAUGGCAAUGGACAGGGCAGCAACACACAAGUGGUCAUCAUUGGUGGCCAGUCCCAGAUUGUGACCAUCAACAGGCAAUGGCGUGUGGCCAUCAUUGAGCAAACGAGCAUCACUGGGUCCUGGAAAACCAUCUGGAACUACAACACGGGCAUCAUUGCAACCAAAGUCACUCAACAGAACGCCUGCUACAUUUCCAUCAUGAACAGAAAUGAGAUGCCCAGCUUCAAUAACCUGGCCCGCCUGGCAGAAGAGAGCAGGAACCAGUUUGGCCUUGGAAGACCUACCAAGAAGAUCACCUUUGUCACUAAUGGUUUGGUCAGCAACCUCAGGUCUUAUGGAUCAGAUGUCUUCUCUAUGUGCAGUGGACUCACCACCUACAUGACUUAUGAAGUUCACGGAGUCCAAGUCAAUCUGGGAUCCUGCAUUACCCUGGAUGUCCUGAGAGUCGUGGAUCUGAAGUACUGCACAGGCAAUGGCAAUGGACAGGGCAGCAACACACAAGUGGUCAUCAUUGGUGGCCAGUCCCAGAUUGUGACCAUCAACAGGCAAUGGCGUGUGGCCAUCAUUGAGCAAACGAGCAUCACUGGGUCCUGGAAAACCAUCUGGAACUACAACACGGGAGUCAUUGCAACCAAAGUCACGCAGCAGAACGCCUGCUACAUUUCCAUCAUGAACAGAAAUGAGAUGCCCAGCUUCAAUAAUCUGGCCCGCCUGGCAGAAGAGAGCAGGAACCAGUUUGGCCUUGGAAGACCUACCAAGAAGAUCACCUUUGUCACCAAUGGUUUGGUCAGCAACCUCGGGUCUUAUGGAUCAGAUGUCUUCUCUAUGUGCAGUGGACUCACCACCUACAUGACUUAUGAAGUUCACGGAGUCCAAGUCAAUCUGGGAUCCUGCAUUACCCUGGAUGUCCUGAGAGUCGUGGAUCUGAAGUACUGCACAGGCAAUGGCAAUGGACAGUCUCAGCAGAUUCCUGGUGGUGAGGGAAGCUCACAAGUCGUCAUCAUUGGUGGCCAGUCCCAAAUUGUGACCAUCAACAGGCAAUGGCGUGUGGCCAUCAUUGAGAAAAAGGCUGGCAUUGGGUCCUGGAAAACCAUCUGGAACUACAACACGGGCAUCAUUGUAACCAAAGUCACUCAGCAGAAUGCCUGCUACAUUUCCACCAUGAACAGAAAUGAGAUGCCUCGCUUUGAUAACCUGGCCCACCUGGCAGAACAGAGCAGGAACCAGUUUGGCCUUGGAAGACCUACCAAGAAGAUCACCUUUGUCACUAAUGGUUUGGUCAGCAACCUCAGGUCUUAUGGAUCAGAUGUCUUCUCUAUGUGCAGUGGACUCACCACCUACAUGACUUAUGAAGUUCACGGAGUCCAAGUCAAUCUGGGAUCCUGCAUUACCCUGGAUGUCCUGAGAGUCGUGGAUCUGAAGUACUGCACAGGCAAUGGCAAUGGACAGGUGAGAAAAUCUGACCCUAACCUUUCUUGAACCCAAUUGGGAGGAACCUGAUCCCAAAUUGUGACCAUCAACAGGCAAUGGCGUGUGGCCAUCAUUGAGAAAAAGGCUGGCAUUGGGUCCUGGAAAACCAUCUGGAACUACAACACGGGCAUCAUUGUAACCAAAGUCACUCAGCAGAAUGCCUGCUACAUUUCCACCAUGAACAGAAAUGAGAUGCCUCGCUUUGAUAACCUGGCCCACCUGGCAGAACAGAGCAGGAACCAGUUUGGCCUUGGAAGACCUACCAAGAAGAUCACCUUUGUCACCAAUGGUUUGGUCAGCAACCUCGGGUCUUAUGGAUCAGAUGUCUUCUCUAUGUGCAGUGGACUCACCACCUACAUGACUUAUGAAGUUCACGGAGUCCAAGUCAAUCUGGGAUCCUGCAUUACCCUGGAUGUCCUGAGAGUCGUGGAUCUGAAGUACUGCACAGGCAAUGGCAAUGGACAGUCUCAGCAGAUUCCAGGUGGCAUCUUCAACAACACGCAGGGCAGCAACACACAAGUGGUCAUCAUUGGUGGCCAGUCCCAGAUUGUGACCAUCAACAGGCAAUGGCGUGUGGCCAUCAUUGAACAAACGAGCAUCACUGGGUCCUGGAAAACCAUCUGGAACUACAACACGGGCGUCAUUGCAACCAAAGUCACGCAGCAGAACGCCUGCUACAUUUCCAUCAUGAACAGAAAUGAGAUGCCCAGCUUCAAUAAUCUGGCCCGCCUGGCAGAAGAGAGCAGGAACCAGUUUGGCCUGGGAAGACCUACCAAGAAGAUCACCUUUGUCACCAAUGGAUUGGUCAGCAACCUCAGAUCUUAUGGAUCAGAUGUCUUCUCUAUGUGCAGUGGACUCACCACCUACAUGACUUAUGAAGUUCACGGAGUCCAAGUCAAUCUGGGAUCCUGCAUUACCCUGGAUGUCCUGAGAGUCGUGGAUCUGAAGUACUGCACAGGCAAUGGCAAUGGACAGUCUCAGCAGAUUCCAGGUGGCAUCUUCAACAACACUCAAGGCAACAUCUUCAACAACACACAAGUGGUCAUCAUUGGUGGCCAGUCCCAGAUUGUGACCAUCAACAGGCAAUGGCGUGUGGCCAUCAUUGAACAAACGAGCAUCACUGGGUCCUGGAAAACCAUCUGGAACUACAACACGGGCAUCAUUGUAACCAAAAUCACACAACAGAACACCUGCUACAUUUCCACCAUGAACAGAAAUGAGAUGCCCCGCUUUGAUAACCUGGCCCGCCUGGCACAAGAGAGCAGGAAUCAUAUUGGUUUUGGAAGACCUACCAAGAAGAUCACCUUUGUUGCCAGUGCAUUGGUGAACAACCUGAGGUCUUAUGGAUCAGAUGUCUUCUCUAUGUGCACUGGACUCACCACCUACAUGGCUUAUGAAGUUCAUGGACCCCAGGUGAAUCUGGGAUCAUGCAUUACCCUGGAUGUCCUGCAAGUUGUGGAUCUGAACUACUGCACUGGUAAUUUCCAUGGCAAUGGACAGUCUCAGCAGAUUCCAGGUCACAACUGCCAUUUCUCUGGUGCCUGUGUUUUCCAAAACAUGACCCUCAGCAGUCAAACACAUGAGGUGAUUUUCGAGCAAAGGAGUGAGCAGUUCUCCUGGAAAACCAUCUGGAACUACAACACGGGCAUCAUUGCAACCAAACUGGUGCAAGAGAGAACGUGCUACAUUUCCACCAUGAACAGGAGUGAGAUGCCCACCUUUGAUGCUCUUGUCAGAUAUGCUGCAGAGAACAAGAACCAGGUUGGCCUUGGAAGACCUACCAAGAAAAUCACCUUUGUCACCAAUGGAUUGGUCAGCAACCUCGGGUCUUAUGGAUCAGAUGUCUUCUCAAUGUGCAGUGGACUCACCACCUACAUGGCUUAUGAAGUUCAUGGACCCCAGCUGAAUCAGGGAUCGUGUAUCUCUCUUGAUGUCCUCAAACUUGUGGAUCUGAAUUAUUGUGGUGGAAAUAUCAAGGCCUGA